AUGGCAGACACCAGAGCAAAGAAAUCUGGUCUUGGAGCAGAUAUUGAGCGCAAGUUGGAACAUAGGUACGAUGAAGAGGAGGCUGCAGGAACCAUGAACGCUAUUGUCGUCUGGAUCAAUGCCGUUCUUCAGGAUGAACCCGAGCAUCAUAUCGCCAAUACGUCCCACAAGGAGUUGCACCGUGCAUUGAGAGAUGGAGUGCUGUUGUGCAAGCUGAUCAACAAGUUGCUGGCCUCUGAAGGCAAGGGCAAGGUCAGUUUUCAGAAGAAGGUAGCCUCCCCUUUCGUUGCUAUGGGCAACAUUGAAUCAUUCAACAAAGGUUGCUUAGAAUACGGACUGAGCAAGGAGUUCUUGUUUCAGAGCGGUGAUCUGUGGGAGGGCCGAAAGGGACCGUUCUUGAACGUCAUCAACGGCAUCCACAGUUUAGGAUUUUUGGCCAACUCGAAAGGCUUUCAGCCCACAUAUACUGGCCAGCAGACCAAAUAUGUGGACAACGAGUAG